GGCUCUUUCCCUUCCGCGUGGGGAAUGUGGACCGCCUGCAAAGUUAAGGUUCAGGAUUCCUUGGCCACCGCUUCCAUCACUCUAAGACGGUGCCUGAGAUUGGGGGCAACCAUGGCAAAAAGCAAGUUCGAGUUUGCCGAGAAGCACAACUUUGCAAAACCUAAUGACAGCCGUGCUCUCCACCUGAUGACCAAAUGUGCCCAGACCGUGAUGGAAGAACUAGAGGAUAUUGUGAUUGCAUAUGGACAGAGUGAUGAGUACAGCUUUGUGUUCAAGCGGAAAACCAAUUGGUUUAAAAGAAGAGCCAGUAAGUUCAUGACUCACGUGGCCUCCCAGUUCGCCUCCAGCUAUGUGUUUUAUUGGCGGAAUUACUUUGAGGACCAGCCCCUUCUGUAUCCCCCAGGCUUUGAUGGAAGAGUCGUGGUGUAUCCUAGCAACCAGACCUUAAAGGACUACCUCAGCUGGCGACAAGCAGAUUGUCACAUCAAUAAUCUUUAUAAUACAGUUUUCUGGGCACUUAUACAACAAUCUGGACUAACACCAGUAGAAGCCCAAGGGAGAUUACAGGGAACCCUUGCAGCAGACAAGAAUGAGAUUUUGUUUUCUGAAUUCAAUAUCAACUAUAAUAAUGAACCGCUGAUAUAUAGGAAGGGGACGGUGCUGAUAUGGCAGAAGGUUGAUGAAGUUAUGACAAAAGAAAUUAAGCUGCCAACAGAAAUGGAAGGAAAAAAGAUGGCAGUGACCCGAACCAGGACCAAACCAGUGCCCUUGCACUGCGAUAUCAUUGGUGAUGCUUUCUGGAAGGAACAUCCAGAGAUUCUAGAUGAAGACAGCUGACCCUUUGCUCUUCAGUUCUGGUGUACUUAACCAUGCUAGCCCUCCCACCUCCCAGGGCUCCCUGCCUUAGGUGGCCAUAGCAUCCCUACCACCCAGAACACUGGCACAAAUGAUACGACUCAAGUUGGGAGGGGGACAGGCAAGGAAGGAUGGAUGGGGGUGGUGGAUUUUAUUCUGUUUAAGCAGAACACCUUGUUUGCAAUGUGGGAACAUGGUUCCUUUGGCAGAAGUGCUUUUUUUUUUAAAUUGCAGUACUAUUUUUAUAAAGCAAGAACUAUUUCAUGCCUUGCAGAGUGAAUCAUUUUUAGAUUGUGACAUACAUCUUAUAAAAACCUGUCAGUUCUUUUCACCUAUGAGAGAAGAGGAGCCCAAACUCUCGCCCACCUGUUCUUAACCGGAAAACCCACUGACUUUGAAAAUCUCACCUCUGCUACCCAUCUACUUGCAUUCAUCUUUGCCAGACCUGAAGAUAAAUAUGGGUUAAUGCCUGCA